AUGUAUUUUUUUCUCUUAUUUAAUAUUCUUGCUUUGAUUCUACAAAAUUGUUUUGGUGUUCAUCCUGGUGAUCCAUUUCCGAUCGAUCAACAAAAAUCAAAAAUUCUUACAUCUGAAGAUUUACUCAAUGCUAAUGAGAUAGGAGAUCCAAUUAAUCAUGAAAUUCCAUUACAUGCAGAAUCAUUAGCUGAUCCAUUUGAUUCAAUAAAUGAAGAAAAUUUUUUAGAAUAUAUCAUAUCAACAUCUAUAAAAUCUACACCGACAACUAAAAUUCAUAAUACUGAUGGUGAAAGAAAAACUUUUGACAAGAAAUUAUCACAAUCAACUAUAAAAUCUAUACCUUUCCUCGAAUCUCAUGAUAACGAUAUUGAUAAAAAUAAUAAUUUCGACAAAAAAUUAAUAUUAUCACAAGAAUCAUCAACUUUAUCAUCAAUAAAAUCGUUUAUUAAAAUUGGUCGAUGGAAAUAUAUGGAUUCACGAUCAAAAGAAAUUCGUUAUUGGUAUGAACCAGAAGGUGGUCAUAUGGGUUUUGGAUGGAUAUUUGAUGGAUUUAUAUUUCAAGCUUAUAAUAAAUCAGAAUCAAAUACUGAACCAGUCUAUGCAUUUCAUUCAGAAAUUCGAGGUAUUUGGACUAAUACAAUACAAAUGGAUCCAAAACCACCUAUUAUUGGUUAUGAUCAAUGGACACCAGAUGGUGUUUCAUUCUAUGCUUAUAAAACAUCAAUGAAUUCAACUGAACUUCAACCUAUUGUACGAUAUUGGAAUAAAUUAAAACCAGGUACAACAGAUGCAACUGAAACACGUAUAUCAUACAUUAUGAUAAAAACAGAAAGUGCAUUCAGUAUAACACCUGGUGAUCCAUUUCUAAUUGAUAUUGACAAUAAUACUGAUUCAUAUUUUUCAUUGGAUUCAAAAUAUGUUUCGAAUAAAACAAUAUCGUUAUCUGCAAAUUUAUCAUCGAAUGAAUCGAAAUCAAUUGAAAAAUAUCUUCCAACAAAUGAAUCAUCUUUAAUUGAUACGAAUAAAACAUGUAUUGAUGAAAAUACAAAUAGCAAUUUACUACUCUCAUCAACUUUAAAACCUUUACAAGAAACUUUACCUAUUUAUAAAAAACAUUUAGUUCAAAUCGCACAAUGGAAAUAUAGUGAUCCUAAAACUCAACAAACUCGUUAUUGGUAUCAUACUGCUGGUAGUGUAAUGGGUGAUGGUUGGAUACUAGAUAGCAUUCUUUGUCAAGCAUAUAUUCGACAAAAACCUGAUACUAUACCAAUUUAUGCAUUUCAUUCAGAAGCAAAAGGUAUUUGGACAAAUACAUUACAAAUCGAUUCUACAUUAAUACCUAUUGGAAAUAAUCAAUGGAAAUAUGAUGGUACAAUUUUUUAUGCAUAUAAAACAUCAAUGAAUUCAAGUUUAUUAAAACCUAUUUGGAGAUAUUGGAAUAGAAUAAAUUAUGGUACAGAAGAUGUUAGUGAACCACGUCGAUCAUAUCUUCGAAUGGGUGACAUUACAGAGGAUGAUUUGCCGGGAUGGAGAUUAGAACAUAUACUUUUCUAUGCUUUUCCACCUGAUAUAAAUGUAAAUCAAUUAAUAACAUUGAAAUAA